AUGACUAUAUUUUCAGUCUUUAAUAUUCCUCCUCUCUCUCUCUCUCUCUCUCUCUCUCUCUCUCUCCUCUUUCUUAUACAUGCUAUCUAUCUAUCUAUCUAUCUAUCUAUCUAUCUAUCUAUCUAUCUCUGUUUAUAUCUAUCAAUCUCAGUUCAUAGCUAUCUCAGUCUCCUCUUUCUUAUACAUGCUAUCUAUCUAUCUAUCUAUCUAUCUAUCUAUCUAUCUAUCAAUCUAUCUAUCUCUGUUCAUAUCUAUCAAUCUCAGACAGUUCAUAGCUAUCUCAUUUUGUUCAUAACUAUCUAUCUACCUAUUUAUCGAUCUAUCUAUCUAUCUCUCUCUCUCUCUCUCUCUCUAUAUAUAUAUAUAUAUAUAUAUAUAUAUAAGAUUAAUAAUUAUCUAUCUAUUUUCUCUAUUUCUUAUUUCUUUGUCUCCUCAUUUCUCUCUCUUCUCAUUCCCCACCCCCACUUCUUUUCUCUCUCUCUCUCUCUCUGCCCUUCUUUACUUUUCUUCUCACACUGUCAAACUAAAGUAGUCCUUCUUACUGUUUUUCUCUAUCCUUCUCUCCUUCUCGCUUUCAAACUCCCUCUUUUUUAUUUUUGUCUCUCCUAUCUAUCUAUCUAUCUAUCUAUCUAUCUAUCUAUCUAUAUCUCUGAACAGCAUUUCUUCUGUCUUUUUUUUUUCUCUUUUUCCAUCUCUAUCUCUAGAGAGAGAUAUCAAUCUCGCUGUCUCUCUGUCUUACCAUCCAUUAUCUCUUUUCCUAAUUGUUCUCUUUUCCUAAUUGUUCUCUUUCACUAUUUUCUUUCUCUCUUUUCUAUUCCCCCCUCUCUCUCUCUCUCUUUCUCUCUCUCUCUCUCUCUCUUAGUAUCACCUUUUCACUUUUCCUUUUUUCUUUCUAUCUCGCUCAAUAUUUCUUCUUUAUUUCUCACUCUUUUUUUGUUCUCUCUCAAACUCGGCCAUUAUUCCAUAUUUAUAUCUCUCUUCUUCUAUAUCAAUCUCUGUAUAGCCUCCCUCUUUUUUGCCACUGUCAUGUCGGUGAGGAGUAGAAUACGAUGA